UACUGCGCAUGCUCCCCAGCAACCCGGAAGUUUUGAAUUGUGUUUCUGAUUGUGAAAGUUGUUGUGUCUGUUUUGUCGCUUUGAAUUUUAAGUCUCAGGGGGGUGAAACUGUUUUCCGGUUUCCCGCCACGACAGGUGGGCAGAGUGAACCGGGGUGAAGCUGCCUCCCGCCCUCGCCAGCACAUGUCCGGCUUCGACCUCGUCCCGGUGGACGGCGGGGCUCCCGUUCACCUGCCGCCGGGAGAGACGGUGCUCGGCAGGGGGCCGCUCCUGGGAGUCAAUGACAAGAGAGUGUCCAGACGCCACGGGCUGCUGCAGAACCUGAACGGACAGCUGCGUCUCAAACCGACCCACAUGAACCCGUGCUUCGCUCAGUCGUCUCCUGCCGACCCAAACCCUCGACCUCUGAAGAAAGACUCCUGGUACCGUCUCCGUCACGGAGACUUCUUCUCUCUGCUGCCGGGGCAGUUCGUCUACAAGGUGGUGGCCGUGGGCGGAGCAGAGCGCACUCCCAGAAACAGUCAGAGUCUUGAAGAAGAAGAAGAGGAGGAACUUCCUGGUUCUCCCAAGCCUCAUGUGGAAGCGGCUCAUCCAGUAAUAACCGACCGUGGACAGACUCCACCUCACCAGGAGCCGACGUUAGCAGCUCUGUCAGAUGAGGACGUCGAUGACAAACGCAACAGAAGUUUCAAUAAGGGAGACUCGGUGGAGGAUGAUCACAGUGACGUCGCUCCGUCUGUGAAGAGAAGAGUUUUACCUGCGUGGAUGAUGGCGGCGGCAGCAGGUCCACACCGAGCUUCCUCCAGCCCGAGAGGUGAGUCGGCUGUGAAGAGAAGUAAAGCACCUGCAGGAGCAUCAACCAGCACUAAACCAGCAGCAGCCAAACAGGCCACGCCCACUGCGACGGAGGGGGCGGAGCUUAGUGAGGAGGAGAAGAGGCCGAGAAAGAGGAGGAGAAAAAUAAGUGAUGAAGAAGAAGACGAAGAAGCUGGAACCAAAACAGACGUCCCCUCAGAGGAACCUGCAGUCCGGUUUCAGCGUGGAUCCAACAGGUCUGAGGUGAGCGCUGAGUCUGACAACUUCACCAUGGAGCUGGAGGAGGAGGAGGAGGAGGAGGAAGAGGAGGAGGGUGGCGGCGGCGGCGGUAGGGAGCCCUCCUCUGCUGACAGAACCAUCACGACACGAAGAUCUGGCCGCGAGUCUGAGAAGGAGGACGAGAAGUCAAAGGAUGGUCAACGGACGACUAAACGGGCGGAGUCCAUCGGGUCGAACGGCGGCGCUGCGUCCACGCCUAGCCUCAGGACGGCGUGUCCGUACGGGAAGGACUGCUACAGGAAGAACCCGGUCCAUUUCCAGGAGUGCAGUCACCCCGGUGACACCGACUAUGAGGAGGAGGAGGAGGAGGAAGAGGAGGCAGAUCGACCCGAGUGCCCCUACGGCACCGACUGCUACAGGAAAAACCCUCUUCACAGGAAAGAGUACAAACACACCAAGAAACCAGCUCGCGCCACAAGAGCCGCCCCCAAGAAGACCCCCGCUGGGGACGAGGACGAGGACGAGGACAGCUUCAUUAAUGACGACAGCGAGGACGUGGGCGAUGACUCAGACUACGUCCCUCCUGACUCAGACGACAGCGGGAAGGAGGACAUCAAGAGACUGCAGAGAGAAGCAAAGGUGUUUCUGAAGAGGAGGAAGUAAACUCGGCUUCCUCGUGUUUGUUUGUUUGUUUGCUUUUAAAGCUGCAUCAGGCGGCUUUUUGCUUUUUGUUUAAAGAGACUGAAUCACCUGAGAGCUGCAGCAGCUGAGGCCUGAUUGAAUCCUACUCACACUGAAACGUCUCUACAGCACAGACAUGUAUUUUUGUAGGUAACCACGAUGAUCCUUUGAAGUACGACUUCAUCAACGUUAAGAAACUCGCGGGUGGUUGCCAGGGAACGAGGUCCUGGUCUGAGCUCUCGGCACCUCGGUGUCGCCGGCUCCGCGGCCUCUCGUCUGUUUACUCACAUCAUCUCACCAGAUUUCUGACUUAGUGUUUUUGUUUUUUUCAAAGUUACUUGCAGCUGCCAUGGUGCAAAGUCUGCACAGGUGUUGUCAUGGCAACCACAAACAACAACAACUGGCCGUAGGUUGUUUUGUUUUUUUGUAUGAAUCCCACAGAUUUAAAUGGAAAAGCUCGGACUUUUCAGUUUGUGUUCAUUGGAACUGGGACAAACCGCUGAGUGUGAAGUGUCUGAACUGGGAGUCACUGGGAAUAUUCUCCAGCAGCUGGAAGAGGAAGGGAAGUCCGAGCAUUGUUUUUCAUUUUCACUGGAUUCCAUCAGACUUUAUUUCACUGUCCUUGUCAAUAAGUUUAAUUCAGGAGUUCUGACAGUUUUUACUGUUUGUUGGUCUGUUCUUUAUAUCCUGUUUAAAUACUGAUGAAAGUGAAAUCUCU